AGCAGAGGAGAGGAGAGUCGCUCUUUUUAUCAGCCGAGUGCAGCCUGGAUCGUGAGGGGAGGGGGGGGGGAAACCCGGUUACAUUUCUCUCUCAAGAUCCUUACUCGGUCAACUCACCACGAACAGAGCCGGGGAUAUGCACACUCUGUAAACGUGAUAUUCAAUAGAAUUUGGAUUUACGAGGGACUUCUUUUUUGGAACUAAAAAGGCUUUUCACCAUUGGUUCCCUGCGACUCUGCGUUGGAGAAUGGAGGGUUGGUAACCUCUGUGCUCGCCUGUCUGUGGGGGGAAAAGUGCUGGAGCAUCGCUGCCCGGCCGGUGGUGUGCGUCGGGAUUCUAGGAUACCCCCUUUUGGUCUUUUUGGAACGCGAUGCGUCUUACCCCUUUAGAGGACCUCUAGGAGACUGAGGAAUAUUGUCCCACAGUGAGAGGGAAAGCUGAUGGGAUUCUCCCCAAACGGGGACGGACCUCACCGGAACAACCCACCCCAAAGCCGUACCGCUUUGAGAUACAAUUCCGCCAGAUUGCCCACAAUGCUUCUCUACAACCGCUGUAGGUUCAGCCGGCCAAUGGCUCUCCUUCUGUGAAUGGCUGCUUAUCGUACCCCUAACCCCGUCACCCUCCAAUCGUUGAGCAAAAGAAAACACACAGCGGUGAUCUCUUCCUCCGCUGCUAGUUGAGCAGAGGGGUUGCUCAACGAUGAGGUCGCCCACUUGAUGAUGGUGAGGUUGCUAGGUAGGACCGCCGGCUGAACUGGGACACCAUGAAGUGGGUGCUGGACUUCUACCGGACAGCCACCCGUGGAAUUAAACGAGGAUCGCCGUCGUUUGCCACCGCAAACUCCUCCAAGACGGAAUAACGCGCUGCCUUUGGCUCCCGAGAACAGAGUGACCCGCAGACAGAGACCACUCUGCCUGUGCUCUCAAGUCGGUCCUUUUUUUGCGGGCACAUGUGCGCGUGGGAGAGUGUGUGAGUGUGUGUGCGUGCGAGUGUGUGUGUGCGUGCGUGUGCGUGUGUGCGUGUGUGAGAGUGCGUAUGUGUGUAUUUGAUUGUGUGCCGCCCGGGUAAGUGUUGGUUCGCUUCGGGUUUGUACACAAGAGACGCAGAGAAGAGGAGGAGGAGGAGGACAAAAGAGAGAGGAUCUUGCUGAGAGACCACAAGGACCUCGAGAAAGACAAUUUUUUCCUCUCUUCAAAGGCUGAGAGAGAAAGAGCGGCAGUGGCUAUUAUGGCUAAACCGAGGCAUGGCCCUCCUCCCGCCCGCGACGCUACCCCGACCGGAGAGUGCGACAGCGGUAGCGCGCGGGAUCAAGCAGGGGAUGGAGCCGCACGCCGGGCCGCCUGGGCCCUGGCCCGCGGCGCGCUGGGCCUGCUGCUCCUGCAGGCCUGCCUGGGAGCGGUGUGCGGCGACAAGCUGGACGAGGGCGACCCGGUGGUGACCACCGUGUACGGCCGGCUGCGCGGCGUCAAGAAGGAGCUCCACAACGAGAUCCUGGGCCCCGUGGUGCAGUUCCUCGGCGUGCCCUACGCCGCCGCCCCCACCGGCGAGCGUCGCUUCCAGCCCCCCGAGCCGCCCGUGCCCUGGCCCGAGGUGCGCAACGCCACCCACUUUGCGCCCGUGUGCCCGCAGACCAUCGUGGAGGGCCGGCUGCCGGACGUGAUGCUGCCGGUGUGGUUCACCAACAGCAUCGACGUGGUCUCCUCCUGGGUGCAGGACCAGAGCGAGGACUGCCUCUUCCUCAACAUCUACGUUCCCACGGAGGAUGGUCCCCUUACAAAGAAAAACACAGAUGAUUUAGGCGAUAAUGACCGCACGGACGACGAAGACAUUCGGGAGAGCGGGAGCCCCAAGCCCGUCAUGGUGUUCAUCCACGGCGGCUCCUACAUGGAGGGUACCGGCAACAUGUUUGACGGGAGCAUCCUGGCCAGCUACGGCAACGUUAUCGUGAUCACCGUCAACUACCGCCUGGGCGUUCUAGGCUUCCUGAGCACGGGAGACCAAGCGGCCAAGGGGAACUACGGCCUCCUCGACCUGAUCCAGGCUCUCCGCUGGACCAGUGAGAACAUUGCGGCCUUUGGCGGCGACCCCCUGCGCAUCACAGUGUUUGGCUCAGGGGCCGGGGCGUCGUGUGUCAACCUCCUGACGCUCUCCCACUACUCUGAGGGCAACCGCUGGAGUAACUCCACCAAAGGUCUCUUCCAGCGGGCCAUAGCUCAGAGCGGCACGGCGUUGUCUAGCUGGGCUGUGAGUUUCCAGCCGGCCAAGUACGCCCGCAUGCUGGCCCGCAAGGUGGGCUGCAAUCUGCAGGACACGGUGGAGCUGGUAGAGUGUCUCCAGAGGAAGCACUAUAAGGAGCUGGUGGACCAGGACAUCCAGCCUGCCCGCUACCACAUCGCCUUUGGACCCGUCAUCGAUGGCGACGUGAUACCAGAUGAUCCCCAGAUACUCAUGGAGCAAGGCGAGUUCCUCAACUACGACAUCAUGCUGGGGGUGAACCAGGGUGAGGGCCUCAAGUUCGUGGAGCUGAUCGUGGACAACGAGAACGGCGUCCAGGCCAACGACUUCGACUACGCCGUCUCCAGCUUCGUGGACGACCUCUAUGGCUACCCGGAGGGCAAGGACAUCCUACGCGAGACCAUCAAGUUCAUGUACACCGACUGGGCGGACCGACACAACCCCGAGACACGCAGGAAGACCCUGCUGGCGCUCUUCACCGAUCACCAGUGGGUGGCGCCUGCGGUGGCCACGGCUGACCUCCACUCCAGCUUCGGGUCGCCCACCUACUUCUACGCCUUCUAUCAUCACUGUCAGACGGAGCAGGUGCCACCGUGGGCAGAUGCAGCCCAUGGGGAUGAGAUCCCGUAUGUGUUUGGCCUGCCGAUGAUCGGGCCCACGGAGCUCUUCCCCUGUAACUUCUCCAAGAAUGACGUCAUGCUGAGUGCCGUGGUCAUGACCUACUGGACCAACUUUGCCAAAACAGGGGACCCCAACCAGCCUGUGCCCCAGGACACCAAGUUCAUCCACACAAAGCCCAACCGCUUCGAAGAGGUGGCCUGGACACGCUACAACCAGAAGGAUCAGCUCUACCUCCACAUAGGCCUGAAGCCUCGUGUCAAGGAGCAUUACCGCGCCAACAAGGUCAACCUGUGGCUGGAGCUGGUCCCACACCUCCACAGCAUCAACGACGUCACACAGGUCCUUCCCACCACCACCAAGGUGCCCCCGGCGGAGGUGACCAACCGGACCCCCAAGACCAAGCCGUUCGCCACCAAGCGUCCUAACCCCACGCCGUACCCCACCGACACGCAGGACAGCCUGAACCAGCCCCACCUGGUAGACCAGCGGGACUACUCCACGGAGCUGUCGGUCACCAUCGCCGUGGGCGCCUCGCUGCUCUUCCUCAACAUCCUGGCCUUCGCCGCCCUCUACUACAAGAAGGACAAGCGGCGGCACGACGUGCACCGGCGCUGCAGCCCCCAGCGCAGCGCGGCCAACGACCUGGCACACCACACCCAGGAGGAGGAGCUCAUGUCCCUGCAGAUGAAGCAGCACUCGUCAGACCUGGACCCGCGGGGCCACUGCCAGGGCGGCAUCGGCGGCGGCGGCGGCGGAGGCGGCGGCGUGGUGGUGGUGGGGGUGGGGGGCGGCGGGGGCAGCGACGGCAUGCACGCCCACGACGCGCUGCUGAGGACUGCCUGCCCGCCGGACUACACGCUGGCCAUGCGGCGCUCGCCGGACGACAUCCCGCUCAUGACCCCCAACACCAUCACCAUGAUCCCCAGCAGCAUGGGCGGGCUGGCGUCGCUGCACUCCUUCAACACGUACCCCAGCAGCGGGCAGAACAACACGCUGCCGCACCCACACUCGCACUCCACCACCCGGGUAUAGCCCAGCCACGCGCCCCCCCCUCCCCUCUCCUCCUCCUCCUCCUCCUCGACCUCCCCCCUCUCCCCCCACCGUCGGACGACACGACGAGGCGUACCAACACCGCAAGGCGAGGGAGACUCUGAGGGGCGGAGGUGGAAGUGGAAGGCCGAGCGCUGAGGUGAACACGGUACAUCCAGAGCUUCGACAGGAAAAGGGGUCAAGGGGCUGUCGUCGGCUGGAUGGAUGGAGCCCGGGAUUCCGUCCUCGCCGGUGGAAACCUUUUACGGAAUUACAGGAUUUUAUUGGAAGCUGGAAAAUAUUAAAUAUGGUUUGUUUGGGGGGGGGGGGGGGGGGGUUUUGUAUAAAAAUAAGAGACGUCGGGGAGAAAACAAGCAAAAAAGCAUUUAUAUAUCGAAAGAACUGAAGAAAAGCAACUUGACAGACUAAAACAGAGUGGAAGAUUGCUCGUUUUUUGGGGUUUCAGCAAAAAUAGGGUAAAGGAGUUUUAUUCGUUCUGGAGACAUAUAUGGCCUUUGGGAUCUUUUGACAAAUGACUGCGUGAUAGUGUUAACUGGAAGCAGAACGGAGCAUCAGACACACCUCGAAGGUGGAAAAGGGAAAGUGCUUUGUAAAUGAAGGAAAACAUAUUGUUUUCCUGUGGCAAAAACUAGAUUACUCUUUUGUGGAACAGAGAGCAGAUGCUGUGCCAACCUAGUUUAGGCAUGUGUUACCUUCAUAAAUGAGCUAUGUAAGAUAAGACAAUAAACAAUCAGGAGAGGAGCAAAAAAAACAACAACAAAGAACUGAAAACUUUAAGUAAAAAGAAAAAAAAAGCAAACCUGUAUGCACAAUGCAGACAUUUUAAUGAGCGAAAAAAAGAGAAAAUGUCACAGAUUCUUUUCCAUCCAUUUAUUUUCUUUCCUUGAGGGAGGGGGGGGGAGGUACCCGUUGUAUUGUAUAGAUCCUAUUUACAUAUCUAAAUCUGUACACUUAAGCACCAAGGCUGUUAAGAGGGCCCUCUUCUCUCUGGGGUUGGGGGCAGGGUUGGCUGGGGGGGGAAUUGGGGAGGGCCUCUAUACUGCAAAUCUGCCAGCAGGAGUGCACCAGCAGGAAGCAGAUGAUCCAACCACAGGCUCUGCGUUUCUGCCACUUAACAGCUUCAUCACACAAGUGCUGUCAACAGGGAGAGCUCUGGGCGCGGGCUGGGGGCUGCGGGGGGGUGGCAAAGGAUAUUUUUAGCACGACGCGCAUGACAAUUUAUCUGCUUGAUGGCUGCUCUGCUGAUUAUGUCAUUAUUAAGAAGAAAAAGUCUGACCCCCUCCCUCCCCAUUCCCUCGCAUUGGAAAUAAUCUCAGAUGGAACACUAUACUCAAACUCAAUCCUGAUUGGAUAACAGGAGACACACACGACCUUGAUCACAUUACGCUUUCGAGACAAUGGGAAAUUCAAUUCCAGAUUAGCUGUGAGAAUAACGCAGGGGGUUGGCUGGGCAAAUGGUAAAGGUUCAUGCAUAACAUAAUAUAGCUUGAGUGGAGCUGGGCAUAUAAGAACUAGUUUUGUACUCUGUGUGUUGGUACAAAUUUUUUGAUAGUGGUUAAAAUCACAUUACACUUUAUCAAUGAAACUUUCAUUGUACCUUGGGUUGAUAUCGAUGUUCUUUGUAAUUCUACCUAUUAGUUUUGAUUAUCACCUCUCUUGCUACUAGCUAUAAACCACCUUGCUGUAUAUAAGUAAUCUCCUGCACUGUUUAUUCCAUGUCUCUCUUUCUAUUUCUUUUCUUUCAUUUUGUUCUGGCUGAACGUGUGUGUGCUGUGUCCACACGACAGAUCCCCCCCACAUCACACACCGGCUCCGAGGGCUAGCGAGUCUAAAAAUGGUCAGCAAAGCGACGGAAGAUGGCAUCGAGGAAGAGAGGUUUUAGAGUCUCUUUGGGCUAUGUAGCUUUUUCUGUGUUAUUAUAAUUUCAUAUAGCCAACUUCCAAAGAGCUGUUUAAUGAUGAAUGCCUAUAAAUGACUCAUAAGGGCCAAGGGACCAUGGUAUGACAGCAAGCAUUAGGAGCAGCUCUCAGUCCUUCCCUGGCAUGGAACUUUUAUAGUGAGGGGAGAGAAGAAGGGAUGAGGAAGGAGAGGAGAAUGGCUCGGAGUGAACAAGCAGAGAUUCAAAGAAGGGUUGUUGUAGAUCAUCAGAUAUAUCUAUUGCCUAUGUUUCAGUGUGCCAAGGUUGACUCAUUGUUGAGGCACAUUGCAUUCAGGGGAAAGAAGUGGAUGCGCUUCAACACAUUACAUUUUUUAAUCGUACCCCUUUUCGCUUUUUUUGUUUUGGAAAAUUCUCCACAAAAUAAACUGUCUGUCAAAUCUGAGUAAUUUAAUGUCAACGUUCAAAAUGGACCUGUCUUGUCCUCGCGUCUCUCUCGCUCUCGCUCUCUCUCUCUCUCUCUCUCUCUCUCUCUCUACCGUUCUGUUUCUUUGUUUUCUAUUUCCAUGCAGGGUUGCAUGACCGUAGGCGUCCGGUCCACUACGGCCUGUGUUGCUCGCAUUGUGAGGCUUUGUAAUCCACCGUUUUGCCAGUAGACGGUUCACAGCGCGAGCCUAAAGCACCCCUGCCUAGGCCCCCCACUCAUCUCAGCCUUCCUUUUCUGCGUAGCCGGCCUCCAGCCCCCAUCGGAGCGCCACGAGAUGACUGGCCUGUCCGACCCAGAGGGCGGGGGAUGCAGCAGUCCACCACAGGGCGCAGUACAGUCGGGUGUACACAGGCUGGAGGAGCCCCCUACGCAGCACCAAGCCUACUGGGCUCAGAUUUAGAAAACCUAUAGGCUGCAGGUGCAUAGGCGCGGCCCCUCGCGAAACUCAAAGCGCUCGUCUCACCUUAUUUUGCCCACCCCCCCCCUCCUGCCGACGUGUGGAUGGAUGGCUCUGGAGUUCAGAGAGUACGCCUGGCCCCACUUGACUGGCUCACAGGCACUGUGCAGUCAUUCAACAUAAUGGCUACAGACGCGUCGUAUACCCUCACAGCUCGGCGCGAGACAAGCUGUAAAUAUGGCCGUGG